GCGGCCGCGCAUGACGCGUAGUGCGCGCUUAUAACAUUUAUUAUAUCUUCGAACUCACGCAAAUAUUUUUUCUUUUACCUUUGAAAAAAAAGAAAAUAGGUUUACCGUUCACGAACUUGCAAAACGUGUAGUGUUGUGAUUCUUGUGAGGCUUUGUGACAAGUUUGGAAACUUUUUUUCAUCUUAUUCCGAGCAAAAGUAACGACCGCCACAAUGCUGCAACAGAUCCUGCGAGACAUGUGGGUGGACCCGGAGAUCCUUGCCGAGCUCGACGAGACUCAGAAACAAACUCUCUUCUGCAAGAUGCGCGAGGAACAGGUGCGUCGAUGGCAAGCAUGGGAUCAGAAGGUCAACAAAGAGGAGACCGACCGGCCGAAGUUUCAGUCCAACGCUAAGAAGCAGGUGCAGUUCCUGAAGGGGGAAGAUGGUGAACCAUGGGUUUGGGUGAUGGGUGAACAUCCGGAGGACCAGUCGAUUGAUUCCAUACUCGCAGAGGAAGCUCGCCAACGUGCGUUAUCCCAAGCACGCGAGGAAGCGCACCAACUGCGCAAAUCUGUGGAAAAGGAGCUCACACAUCUGAUUGACUACAAACCAUUGGAUAGCUUAGAGCAGAAGUUCGACCUAUCACCGAAAUCGGUGGAUUCACUAGAGGACACCCUGGAUUUGUACUGCUCAGUGGACGAACUCCGUCAGUCCAUCGAGGCUUUGGAGCCGGAGCUGAAGGAGAAAAGCGACAGUGAAGCGGACAAAGAAUACUGCGAUGAGAACAACAAAUUAAACCUCAACAAGAAUACACUGCAGUUCAAUUUCAUUGAAGGCAAAAGAGAUGUUAUUCAGGAUUCAGGUCUGCCUCGUAACGGCGACGGAGUUGGUUUGCGCGUAGCGGCGUGGGAGCGACGAGUGGCGGCCGCGAGAGCUGGGGACAUACUGCGAGGGUUGAGGGCUAGACGUGCGAGGACCUUGAGGGAUGCUCAGCUCCAAGCUCAGGAUGAAGAUGCUGUGUGGAGGGAACAAGAACGCAAAGCCAAAGAGGCGGAGGCGGCGAUGCGAGAAAUAGCGCGAGCGGCCCGCGAGGCGCACCGCCGUAGUGUGGACUUUACAACUCCAUGUCAAAUCACAGCUGGUAAGCCGCCAAACAGGGAGGCAGUGCUGGAGUGGUUCCGAACACAAGAACUUAAACGCGCAGUUGGUCUCGACGAGAACAACAAACCAGUUGACUGGUUUCACGGGCUGAUCACGCGGUCGGAAGCUGAGCAGACACUGUCGCAGCGGCCCGAGGGUAGCUUUCUGGUGCGACUGUCGGAGCGCGUGUGGGGGUACGCAAUCUCGUACCGCGCGGCACGGUGCAAGCACUACCUGGUAGACGCCAGUGACGGCUACAGGCUGUUGGGCGCGGGACAGAUCGCGCACGAGACCCUUGCUGACCUUGUAAACUACCACAAGAAGGUGCCCAUCACAGAAAGUGGUGGGGAGCUGCUAACUACGCCGUGCGUUCCCGCGCAAACUCCUGUUAUUUAACCGCCGCCAUUUUGUCGCGUUCCUAAUCCAAUAAGAAUAUUCUAGGUUAAGCGCACGCGCAACCGAUUUUACACGACAAAUUGCGCAUUAAGGUGAGUCAAAACUGUGUGAAAUUUGUUAAUAAUAUGUUUUAUAAUAUUAUAACAUCAUUGUUUAUGACACAAUAUGUCAAUAUUGUAUUAUUUACACGAAUCGGUAAUUGUUAAUUU